AUUUUAACUCGCUUGCUGUGGCAAUACGACACUGCAUCAAAUGUCGCUCCCAAAUAAAAUGAUAUAUGUAACGUUUUUUGUUUUGUUAAUUACGAACAUAAUUUUGUGCGAGUCUUCAUCUAGUGAAUACCAAACUAAUCAAAAGCAAUAUGAACAAAAUCCAGCAAUAAAAAGACUACAGGAAUAUAUACAAAUUGACACAAGUAUUGAGGAAAAUGCGGAAUUAGCAGUGGAAUUUUGGAAGCGUCAAGCAGAAGAGUUGGGCUUACCUUAUGCCGUGUACCGACCGCUCGGAUUACCGAUAUUUGUUAUGACAUUAACGGGACGCCAGCCGGAACUACCGAGUAUAAUGCUUAACUCUCAUGCAGAUGUCGUGCCUGCCGGUGCUGACCUCUGGAUUUAUCCACCUUUUUCGGGUCAUGUUGACGAAAACGGCAAUUUACAUGGACGCGGCUCGCAGGAUACCAAGGAUGUGGGUAUACAAUACAUAGAGGCUGUAAGAAAACUUAUUCAAAAUAAUGUGACUCUAGAAAGAACAGUGCAUAUCACUGUUAUGCCAGAUGAAGAAACCGGAGGUUUUAGGGGCAUAGUGCCGUUCGUUGAGACUGAAGAAUUUAAAUCUUUAAAUAUUGGUUUUGCCCUUGACGAAGGAUUUACGUCUCAAGAUAAUACCAUGUAUGUUACAUAUCAAGAUAAACGGCCCUGGCAGAUAAAGUUCAUCAUCCGUGGAAAUGGUGGACACGGAUCGAUAGUAGCCAGUGGAAACGUGAUAGAAGGGUUACAAAGAUUUUUAAAUAUCGCUAUGGAGUACAGAAAUGAACAAAUGCAGAUACAAAAUUCCACGCAUGUCUUUGAUUUUGGAGCAUACACCUCAGUAAACAUCAACAUGAUUGAGGGUGGAGUUGCUCCUAAUGUUGUUCCAACUAACGUGACUGUUAUUAUGGAUAUGCGAUUGUCGGUCGAUGCGGAAGUAAAUGAUGUACAAGAUAUGCUUAAUUCAUGGAUGGCUGAACUUGGUGAUGAAUCUAGCAUUGAGUAUAUAAGACGGGUAGAGAAUUCUCCUGCGACAGCUGUCGAUGAAACUAAUCCAUACUGGAUGGCGAUGCGAGACACCAUAAAGGAAUUAGGCUUGACCGUGGUGCCAAUAGUGUGCCCUGCCACGUCUGAUAUGGUGGUAGUUCGAACUAAGGCCAUCCCAGCUCUGGGAUUUACUACCAAAACGAAUAUGAUUCCUAAGCUGCACGAUAUCGAUGAAUACAUUGCUUUAGAUCAAUUUUUAAAAGGCAUAGAUAUCUAUGAAGCUCUUUUGAAAAAACUGGGUAAUCUUGCCUAGGAUCGUUUACUAAGGAAUAAAUAUAAUUGAAUCAAUAAUCAAUGAAUUUAUUUGUAUGAAAAAAUAAUAUGUUCUUAUAUUGUAUGUGUAAAAAUAAACUUAAUAAAGUAACCAAUAUCUUUGUUAGAGUAAAUUAAAUGCUACCGUGCCUUUGAAAACAUUUUUUGAA